CGAUGUUUUUGUGCAUGGAUGUUUUUGUGCAUCCCUAACUUGCCCCAUUUCAAUUCUGCAAAUUUGCUUGCGUUUAUUUUACACAGAGUCGAUAAUUUUAUGCGCCGUAUACACUUUGAGUUUGCUUACUGAAUUUUUCAUACAUUAUUACUAACAAUGAGCCCAAGUAUUGUGUGGCAGUACUACGAUAAAAAAGAAAAAGGAAUUGCGAUCUGCGUAAAGUGCGGGAAAUGCUUUAAGUACCACAGCAGCACAACCACGUUAAAAAACCACGUAGAAAAAGUACACAAAAUUAAAAUGGAGAAAACUGACAUCAUUGAGCUUGUGGACAACGAUGAUGACAAUGAGCCGAAUCAAAAGAAGUCUAAAUCUGUUUACCCAAUACGAAAUUCCUUUGAAAGAGCAGUAUCAUUUUCUGAUAACAGCACCAAAGGGAAGGAAAUUUCAAAUGCGUUAAUGUAUAUGAUAGUUGUGGACGACAUGCCACUUUGUACACCUGAAAAAGGGGGUUUUUUAAAGUUCUGCAAAACGUUGCAACCUUUAUAUAAAGUGCCUACUGAAAAAACAAUGACGUCAAAAAUUGAAACAAAAUAUAGUGCAAUCCGAUUGAAGGUCAAAAACGAACUCAGUCAGGCGAAAUCUGUAUGCCUCACAUCGGACAUAUGGACAAACUCUUCGACUAUGCAAAGUUAUGUUGGAGUAACUAUACACUUCGUUAAAGAAAACGAUAUGGUUUGUGUGGAGCUUGGGGCUUUUCCAGCUGAUUUUAAAAAAGACAUAGCAAACCUUAAGGAAAAACUUCGUGAAAUAGUUAAUAACUGGGGCAUCAGCGAUGAUCAGAUAAUAGCAUUUGUCACUGACGGAGGAGCCAAUAUCAAAGGCGCAGUGAAACAAGAAUUUGGAGAGCCGAAGCACGUAACCUGUUUUGGUCACACUAUCAAUAAUAUUGGUCAAGCGAUCAUUCAAAAUAACAAUGACGAUGCUAUCGACGAUGAUGAAAACGAAACGGAAGGAGGCACGCUAAAGGAUCUUUUAAAAAAGGUAAAGAAAAUAGUAAAGUUUUUUCGAACGAGCGAGGUGGCUGCGAAAAAGUUGAGAGAUUACCAAAAAAGCAACGGUCAGUCAAACUUAAAGCUGAUUCAAGAAGUGAGAACAAGGUGGAACUCUUGUUUUGAAAUGCUGGAACGUUUUAUGACAUUGUCUACAUGUAUUGCACAAGUAAUUCUUCAGCUACAAAUGGAUAAGAACACGAGGGCCCGCACGCCUAAUAUGGUCACUGCUGAAGAAGUGGACGCUCUUAAAGAAGUAACGGAUAUUCUUAAGCCUUUGCAUGAAAUUACAAGUGAACUCUGUGGUGAAAAAAAUGUAAACAUAAGCAAGUGCAUUCCAUUGGUUGCAGGAUUAAAAAAGGCAACAAUGAUCAUCGAACCGACUACAGCAAUAGGCAAAAUAGCAAAAGACGUCCUGUUGACCGAGGUCCAAAAACGUUACGCAAAUUUGGAGGCGGUGGUUAUUUACGGUGUGGCAACAAUACUUGAUCCAAGGUACAAGAAGGCUGCCUUCGAAAACUCAAUCUACUGUUCGCGGGCUGCUGCUUUUAUUGGUAACUUAUUAAUAACCAGCCAAACCCAAAGUAAUGAAUCUGUGGAAAGUAUCGCUGAGCUUCAAACAUCGGACGAAGGAGGCAUAUGGUCAUAUUUAGAUCAAAACAUUAGCAACAGUCAAUGCAAUAGAAGUAACGUUUCGGAAAUAAAUUCGGACCAGCUGCGAGCUUAUUUAAUCAGGCCAGCUGUUUCUCGAAAAUUAAACAAAAACCCUUUAACAACUUGGCAGGCGUUGAAAAAUGAUUUUCCUUUGCUUUUUCCAAUUGCCCAAAAACAUUUGUCAGUUAUGGCAACGUCAGUCCCAUGUGAGCGACUAUUUUCACAUGCUGGACUUAUAGCAACCCAGUUGAGGAACCGUCUCUCACCCGAACAUUUAAAUAUGUUAGUAUUUUUGCGGUCAAUUGAGGAAGAAAUGUGGGACAUAUGAGGCUAUUAGCGCAAGACUUGGUCUUGGUCUGUACAACCACUCUUACAGUGGCCGUAAAAAUAAUAGCACUUUAAUAUUUGGACAUGUUUUGACUUAAUUUUAAAAUAUUAUAUAUGUAAAAUUCAACAAAAUUUCCAAAUUAAAAAAAAAAGUUGGGUUGGCAGUUUCAAUUUUGGUAUUAUAAAAUGCAAGUUUGAAGUAGCUACAAAUUGAAAAAGUUUGAAAUUUUUUUUGCAUAUAUGAUAUUUGUUGAGGAAUGAACUACAUAUAUUUUUUAUAAACAAUUUAUGAACAUUGAACCAACAAAAGAAAAUGAAGUCAAACAUGUCCAAAUAUUAAAGUGCUCUAAUUUUUAUGGUCACUGUAGAUCCAAAAUUUUUUUUUCAUUCAAUUGUUGAUUUUUUAGAACUAUGUAAGUGGUACAACUUAGUUAUUUCCAGUGUUCUAUUUCGAUAAAAAUUCUUCAAAAGUGAUGGAAACUUUAACGAAUUUUGGAUAUGUAUUCUUAUUUUUCUCAGUAUAAAUAUUGAUACAUUGUUUUAAGGAAAAAUGAUUUAAAUGAAGCGUAUAUUUUUUUUAUUGAAUCUUGUGCAAACGGUUGAAAAUAUAAUGUUUGCGAAAUGUGUGAAACACGAAUUUAAUAUGUAAUUAUCUAUGUAUACAACCUUGUGGUCAGCUGUUUAAGUUAAAUGACAUUUUGACCAGUUUUGGCUAUUUUUCUUUUGGUUGUUAAACGUUUAUAAUUGUUCUAUAAAAGUCUAGCACAUUACAUAACCAGCACCAUAUAAACCCACAUUUCAAACACUUAACACAUUUUAAACAGCUGACCUCAAGGGUAUAUAAAAAAUAUAAUAAAAAAUGUGAUUUUAGAAUUACUAAAUUAAAGUACAUAAAUGCUAUAUAUAUGUAUACAUAUGAUGUACCUGUGUAAUCUAUAAUAGGACUGUUCGGGAUAUUGUAAAAAUGGUCUUGGCUUUGUAUUUGCAUUUGCAAAUUAUAUACUUGCCACCAUGGUAACCGUUGUGAAUUUACAAAUGCGCCGAAAUAUGCAAAUGCAAUACCAUGUGCACAUGAUCUUAUGGUCACUGCUGAACAGACCUAUUAUUUUGUUCCUUGUUUACUUAAAGAUCUCGCCUUAAAAAGCAAAAUCAUACAUUGUCAUUAAAUGUAAGAGGUUUUUAUUCGUUGUAUAAGUAUAAACAUAACAGAACUAUGUAAAUAUGGGCGAAUUUCCUUUGUAUUUGUAAAGCAAGAACUUAGUUUCUAUACAUCUACAUUUG